GUGGUAUGGUCAGGCUGUCUGUGUUAGUUGACCGUGUAACUCUCUAAUCUCAGACGACGCCAACAUGCAUCAUGCGUUGCUCAUUCCAGAUGUACGAGCCCUCAUCUUUGCCUCUAUCAAAGAGGAUAAGCAAAUGGGGCGAUAUACCUUUGCCAUGCUAGCCAGAACCUGCAAUGCCCUCAGCGAGGCUUCUCUGGACGUUUUGUGGAGCGAACUGGAUAGUUUGCGUCCGCUAGCAUCGUGUAUUUACUCAGCAAACACUAUACCCUCAAGCGAUGAGUCCACGAUUGAAGCCAAUGAUGACAUGAGACCAGAUUUCUCGGUCUUCGAUAAAUAUGCUCAUCGUGUUCGCAAAUUAGACCUUUCCGGACAACAAAGAUUCUUGAGACGCAACGGUGGCUACCCAUCUCUUACCGAGGAUCUAGGCGCAUUACUCUAUUAUCCACUGAAAUCCCCCUUUUUACCGAAUCUCAGGCACUUAGCUUGGGCCCCUGGGACGGGUCUCAAUCUACUUCGUCAUCUGCUCGGUCCACAUUUGCUGUCUCUGAAAAUACCCAGCCACCGCUGGAGCUCAUCAUCCACUCUAUUUUCCCUGACCAAAAUUCCUCUACUAUGCCCGAAAAUCACAUCACUGACGCUACAAGUUCAUUCUUGGGAUGGACAUAUAGACUCAGAAUUAACUCAAAGCUCGCAUUGCAUAUCUCGGGUAAUCGGUUCUUGGGCCAAACUCGAGGAGCUGGACUGCAACCCCAUGACCUUUGAAGGUCUUAAACACCUGUCUGGGAUGAAAUCUCUCAGAAUUCUCCGUCUGCAAGUCAACGCUGCAUCUGUCAUUGACCUACCUCCAGACUCGCUUUCAUUUCCGUCGCUGCAUACUUUCCAGUUCCAAAGCGACACCCUGGACACUGCUAUCACUCUUAUGAAAGCGAUGAAAAGCUUCCCUAUAUCUUUGAAGAUUGACGUGUUUGCGGGGCGGUCCCGCAGAGGAAAUUGCAGCCCGGAAAUUGUCGGAGUCCUCCUGGGCCUCGUCAGUCGAGAUGCAUUGCACCACGAACUUCGACAUUUCAGCCUGAAUCUCCCACUCCUUCUUGGAGAUAAUCCUGACCAUGUUUCCGAGAUCCUACGACCGCUCUUCGUGUGUGGUAAACUUCGUACACUGUCCCUACGAAUGGCGUCGCCAUUCACUCUUGGUGACGACGAUUUGGAAAGUAUGGCUGACGCUUGGCCAUUGCUCGAGGAACUCGAGUUGAUCGAUUUACGACCACGUGUAGCGACUCACACUCACACUCACCCUCCACUCCCACCCCCACUUCCUCUCAAUCCUCAACUACCUCUCCCACCCAUCACUACUACGGGUCUUGGCCAGCCAAACCAAGUUUCACAAGCUCCAGUGGUUACUGUCAUACCCCACCAUGUACCUAUGCCGCUACCUCUGGCAAAUGCUGGUCAGACACCUCAGUUCAUAUACCCACCUGCAUUUACCAUCCCCCCUCCAGUAUUUCCAGCGUUUCCGCCACCAGACCUUUUCUUCCCUGUCAGAUCACGAACCGCUGAAAUUACUUUUCACGGCCUCAUUUCGCUUUUGAGGUUAUGUCCAAAUCUUUACUACUUUGACCUAGCACUCGACGCUACCAAACUGGAUGAUCUACAAGGCGAUGAGCCAGGUGGUGGAGUUUGUAAUCGACUGGUCAAGUAUGCGAGGCUUAUCGAUUCGCCCAUUAGCGAUCCUGAGGUGGUCGCUCGCAUCCUUUUCGCCAUACUUCCUGAGCUUGAUCCCCUUGCGGGGCCAAAUGCUCUACUGCCAGCUCCCCCUCAACACCUGCCCGCACACAACAUGACGCCUCACAAGUGGAACAUUGUUCGUCAGAAAAUAAUGGAAUUCAGAGAUAAGGCGAGAAAUGCUACAGCCACGGCCUGUUAGCCAGAUCUAAUCCAGAUGCAUUUGUUAUGUAUAACUACGUGUAAACUUCCUUGGAUUACUAUUACCAUGAACGACCGGUGUACGUUUCUAAUGUAGUUUUGUAAAUGUACCGGUUACCCAGAGAAGUUCGGGAGUCCUCAAGCUACCAUUUUUCGUGUCUGUGUGACACUCAGAGACAGGUGACGUGCGGCUGACUAUGAUUAUGCGGACAGUAGUCUUAAAUUUGCAACACACCUUGCAUGGCUUAUGGGUUAUAUUGUAAUAGGAGGAGUGAGAUAGGCCUCAAGGUGAUGGCCAUGUGCAGUAGGC